GCGCAUGCUCCGCGGGCGGUCCUCCGCCGCCGUGCCGGACCGCCGCCCUGCCGCUGCCGAGCUCUGCGGGCUCCGCUCUCGCUGACCCCGGGCCGCGCCGUCCCUCGGCCCUUUGGGGCGAGCGGCUGAGGGGUACGGCCGCCCGAGGUGUGACGGCAAGCGCCAGACACGAGUUACUCUUGGAGAGCGUGAAGAUAAUCUGUUUCAGCCACAUUGAGGAUCAGACAGACACAUAAAUGCAGUAUCUAAACGUAAAAGAAGACUGCAAAGCCAUGACUUUCUGUGCAAAAAUGAGGAGCACAAAGAAGAGCGAAGUAAACCUGGAAGCUCAGCAUCAGGGCUUAGAAAUACUUUUCUACCUGCAAGAUAAAAGCCCCAUUUGUUACACCAGUGGCGAGUUUACCUCGGAGGAGCUGUGCAUUGAAGCUGCCCAGAAGUGCUCUAUAUCUCCUCUGUGCCAUAAUCUCUUUGCACUGUUUGAUGAGAACAGAAAGCUGUGGUAUGCACCAAACCAGGUCUUUAAGAUAGACGAAAAGACAUCGCAUCGGCUCUAUUAUCGAAUGAGAUACUACUUCACAAACUGGCAUGGGACUAGUGAAAAUGAACCCUCAGUGUGGAGGCAUACCCCAAAGAAGUCAAAGAACUCUUACGACAAGAAGCUGGCGCCGGAAGGAACCCCAAUCCUGGAUGCAAACUCAUUGGAAUACAUCUUUGCACAGGGUCAAUAUGAUUUAGUGAAGGGACUGGCACCAAUCCGUGACCCUAAAAAUGAUCAAGAAGUUCAUGAAAUUGAAAACGAGUGUCUGGGAAUGGCUGUGCUUGCAAUCUCUCACUAUGCUAUUAAGAAAAAUGUGAAGCUGCCAGAGCUGCCCAAAGAUAUCAGUUAUAAACAUUAUAUUCCUGAAACUUUGAACAAGACUAUCAGGCAGAGGAAUUUCUUAACCAGGAUUCGGAUAAAUAACGUUUUCAAGCAUUUCCUUAAGGAGUUCAACAAUAAAACCAUUUGUGACAGUAGCGUGUCUCCACGCGAUCUGAAGGUUAAAUACUUAUCAACAAUGGAGACUUUGACCAAAUAUUAUGGAGCAGAAAUUUUUGAGACUUCAUCUCUGCUUAUUUCAUCUGAGAGUGAAAUAAAUAGAUUUAAUUGUGGAGAUGGUGAGAUCAUUCCAUUGUACGAAGUCAUCGUGACAGGAAACAAUGGAAUUCAGUGGAGGCUCAAGCCAAAUUCUGUACAGACGGAGAAAGAGAAGAAGAAAAAAUCUGAUGGCAAAAUCAAAAAGGAUGAAGACAGGUACAAAACCCGAGAUCUGUGGAACAAUUUUUCCUAUUUUCCUGAAAUCACUCACAUUGUCAUCAAGGAGUCUACGGUUAGCAUUAACAAGCAGGAUAACAAAAAAAUGGAAUUAAAACUGUCCUCACAUGAUGAAGCUCUGUCGUUUGCAUCAUUAAUAGAUGGAUACUUCAGACUUACAGCAGAUGCCCACCAUUAUCUCUGCACAGAUGUGGCUCCUCCACUGAUUGAACACAACAUUAAAAAUGGUUGCCAUGGACCCAUUUGCACCGAAUAUGCCAUCAACAAACUGCGCCAGGAGGGGAAUGAAGCAGGGAUGUAUGUGCUGAGGUGGAGCUGCACAAACUUUAACCACAUCCUCAUGACAGUGACUUGCCUUGAAGGCCCAGAGAUGAUAAAUAAUUCAGUCCAGUACAAGAACUUCCAGAUCGAGGUGAAGAAAGGCGGGUACUUCCUACAUGGCUCAAACAGGUCUUUUGCGUCCUUAAAAGAGUUGAUGGAUCACCUGAAAGGACAAAUCCUUCGCACAGACAACAUCAGCUUUACACUGAAGAGGUGCUGCCAACCAAAGCCAAGAGAAAUCUCCAACCUGCUGGUUGCAACCAAGAAGGCUCAGGAAUGUCAGCCUGCUUAUCAUCUAGGGCAGCUGAGCUUCCAUCGAAUCCGCAAAGAAGAAAUAAUGCAGGGUGAACACCUUGGAAGAGGGACAAGAACACAGAUUUACUCAGGGAUUCUCAACUACAAAGAUGAUGAGAAUGAAGGAUAUCAGAACGAAAAAGAGAUUAAGGUGCUCCUGAAAGUUUUGGACCCCAGUCACAGAGACAUUUCUUUGGCCUUCUUUGAAGCAGCAAGCAUGAUGAGGCAGGUUUCUCACAAGCACAUCGUCUUCCUCCAUGGAGUCUGCGUCCGUGACUUAGAAAAUAUCAUGGUUGAAGAAUUUGUUGAAUUUGGGCCUCUGGAUUUGUUCAUGCAUCGGAAAAGUGAACUCCUGACAACUCCCUGGAAAUUCAAUGUAGCCAAGCAACUUGCAAGUGCGCUAAGCUACCUGGAGGAUAAGGAUUUGGUACAUGGAAACGUGUGUACUAAAAACAUCCUCUUGGCAAGAGAGGGAAUUGACACCGAAUAUGGACCUUUCAUAAAGCUGAGCGACCCAGGAAUACCAAUAACUGUGCUGUCCAGGCAAGAAUGUGUGGAGCGAAUCCCCUGGAUUGCACCCGAAUGUGUUGAAGACUCAAAAAAUUUAAGCAUUGCAGCAGAUAAGUGGAGUUUUGGUACAACACUGUGGGAAAUCUGCUAUAAUGGAGAAACGCCACUGAAAGACAAGACGUUGGCAGAGAAGGAAAGGUUCUACGAAGGGCAUUUCAUGUUGAUGACACCAUCGUGCAAAGAACUAGCUGACCUGAUGAAACAGUGCAUGAACUACGACCCCCACCAGAGACCCUUCUUCAGAGCCAUCAUGAGAGACAUCAACAAACUGGAGGAGCAAAACCCUGAUAUUGUCUCGGAGAAGAAGCCUGUUACAGAGGUCGAUCCCACACUCUUUGAAAAACGAUUCUUGAAGAGAAUCCGUGAUUUGGGAGAGGGCCACUUUGGGAAGGUUGAACUGUGCAGAUACGAUCCAGAAGGUGACAAUACAGGAGAACAAGUGGCAGUUAAAUCUCUGAAGCCAGAGACUGGAGGGAAUCACAUUGCUGACCUCAAGAAGGAAAUAGAAAUCUUGAGGAAUCUGUAUCAUGAGAACAUUGUCAAGUAUAAGGGAAUUUGCACAGAAGAUGGAGGAAAUGGGAUUAAACUCAUCAUGGAAUUUCUUCCUUCUGGGAGCUUAAAGGAAUAUCUGCCACGAAACAAGAACAAAAUCAAUCUCAAACAACUUCUCAGAUACGCAGUUCAGAUCUGCAAGGGGAUGGACUACUUGGGCUCCUGUCAGUAUGUGCACCGUGACUUAGCAGCAAGAAAUGUCCUUGUUGAAAGUGAGAACAGAGUGAAAAUUGGGGAUUUUGGUCUCACCAAAGCCAUCGAGACUGAUAAGGAGUAUUACACUGUCAAAGAUGACCUCGACAGCCCUGUAUUUUGGUAUGCUCCAGAAUGCUUGAUUCAGAGUAAGUUUUACAUCGCCUCAGAUGUGUGGUCGUUCGGGGUGACGCUGUACGAACUGCUCACCUACUGCGAUUCGGAGUCCAGCCCGAUGACAGAGUUCCUGAAGAUGAUUGGCCCCACACAGGGCCAGAUGACGGUAGCACGGCUCGUGCGUGUCCUGCAAGAAGAGAAACGUCUGCCACGUCCACCCAACUGCCCUGAGGAGAUCGACCAGCUGAUGAGGAAAUGCUGGAUAUUCAAGCACGAUAAGCGGACAACCUUUCACAACCUGAUUCAAGGGUUUGAAACAAUUAUGAGCAAGAUGUAAUUCGGUUUUUAUACUGUCAGUGCUUUAAUGGUGUGUCAAAAUGUAAAUGCCCAAGGCCUUUCACUUUUUAACUACUGUAAUUUGUAUUCUGACUGUGCUCGUGUGUUCAAAGGAUCAUUUUUCCAACAGUUUUCCUUUUUUCUUUAUUUCAAUUCAGUCAACAGUUGGAUCAAAUUAAUUAUGAGGUAUGGCAGAAACAAUAGCUUCAACUCCUCUUGCACCAGUUACUGCAAGGCAGUUUUCUCUUUGUUAUGGUCUCGCUCCACUCUGAACUAUCCUGAUGAAUGUGAGCUGAAAGCAGUGUCAAAAAUUGCUACAGUUCUCAGCACGUCUCAGUGCAACCUGUAGCAUUUAAAACACGUUUGCUGUUCACGCUUAUUCUGUGAACCAGUGGAUGUAACAGUAGUCAUCCUCAUUUCCUAUGAAGUUCUGAGGAAGUUUGGAGGAAAUUCUGGCUUAUGAAUCCCCUCCCUGUGCACUUACAUUUCAGAAACAAAAAACAA